UGUAGGGGAUGGGAUCCGGAGCAGGGGGAGGAGAAUGAUCCGGAGGGAUGUCUGAGGGCGAGGCAGUAUAGGCAAGUACAGCGGGUAUUGAGGAGGGAGAAUCUGCGGGAACACCAACACUGGUGGUUCACAUACGAGCCGAACGUCGCUACUCUAUACAACCUCACUCGAUGCUUCCUCCCUACCGACCAUGCGAACUACACUCGCUGUCCAGACAGGCCGGUGAUUGUCAACGGUUACUGGUGGUCCGCCAUGACCAUACAUCACGGUACUUCCGGCGAGGUCAUAUGGCAAGAAUCAGUCCUCAAGCAGUUCGAGUCAUACGGGAUCAUGACGCUCUUCGUAGGGGCUUAUGAGAACUGGAUCACCGUCGCCGAGAUGAUGCCCAAUGUCUACCGCUUCGUCUGGGCCCCCGAGCUGGAAAUCAUCUCGUGCUUCACCGACCCCCGCUGUGUUGCCGCAGAACACUACGUACCGCCACUCGACGCUGAGGAUCUGAGCCUGUCGGUGCCGAAUGAAGAGAGAGGGGUGAUCCCGAUCUGGCGUCUCCAGAUAGUCGACUAUUGGGGCUCGUUACCGAAAGAGGUAUCGAAUAACGACUGGUACUGGGGCUUGACGGAACACGGGGAGUGGUCAUACCAUUCUCUCGGUACAGCGUGGAUAUCGACACCGUGGCCUAUGCCAAAUCACGUUCACCUUCCAUACUCAAUUGAAGAGUACUGCCUGAGCAUACCUGUCAAGCCGCACGAUGAGCGGAACAACUCCGUCCUCAUCUUCGCCAAGCGGUCCAGCUACUUCCACCUCCCCCAUAUGCCGCCAAAACACUUCUGGACCGACCUGUCCCGCGAGCCCAACUUUGACCUGCUCUCAACGGCGGACGAUGAAGCGGGCAAACCGAUGCCCGAGGGACUCAGCACACUCGGUCGGCAAUCGCGCGAGGCAUACGAGGAUCUCGUCGGUAGCUCCAAGGUGCUGCUCGGGAUGGGUCACCCGCCGAUCUCACCGAGCGUGUAUACGGCCUUAUGUCAAGGCACGCCGGUCGUUCUGCCUUAUCGAGCUCUGGAGCUGAAUUUGUGGAAAGGAGGAUUUGAGUACUAUGCUGGGUAUUAUCAGCAUGGACCCGCCAUGGCGAUCGGACCACCCUACGUCUACUCGUACCAGCAACAGAACUAUACGAUGCUGUUGGAGAUGGUCAAUAAGGCGCUGGUCACCCCGAUCGAGCGAUAUAUCCCCGACGACAUGAAAUUGCCCUACGCCCUCAAACAGUCCAAAGCCUUCCUCAACCGCGAUCUACACGCCAUGUUCCGCAAAGUCCUACGGAAGAACGGCGGGCAGGUGCCCCGUCUCAAGGCCGGCGCGAGGGAACGGUGUGCCGAGAUCAAUCGAUGUGAGAAG